AACCAGACUCAAAAUGGUCCCCAAAGGCCGCUUUGGCGACCCACUGCAAUUGACAAGUCAACUUGUGCACUUAAAGCGUAUCAGUUUAUGGAAAGCUUGUUUGAAAUCCUCGUUGGACAUAGUAUAGAUGAUGGGGUUGAUGAGGGAGUUGAGAUAGCCCAGCCAUGUGAAGAAGUCAAAGAUGGCCAGAUGGAACCAGCAGGCAUCCUUGCAGAUAGGCAACACCAGAGAGAUGAUGAAGAAGGGCAGCCAACACACAAUAAAGGCUCCCAAAAUGAUCCCCAGGGUCUUGGUGGCUUUGCGCUCCCUAGCGGCCAUGAGUUUCUUCUUCUCUAGCAGGGCGUCGGAGACUCUCACUUUGACUUGGUUCACGUACACUGGAGACCCAGAUUCGCUGGGCAAUUCGGGGGCCCUCGAGUUAAUGGAGGUGACGGAAGACGUGGACCCGGGAGAGUCGGUUAUCAGCUGGGCUCGGGUCAAGCGCUUGCCAGUCUUGUUGGGCGUCUGUUUCAAAAUCCUGGAGCGAGCUUCCACAUAGAUGCGGCCGUAAAGUGCGAUGAGGAGCAGGGUGGGGAAAUAGAAAGCGCCCACCGUGGAGUAGACCGUGUAGAGGACGUGGUCGGUGUUCACCACACAGUCUGACACCUCCUCCUCAGCUUUGGCCUGGCGCCAGAAGAAGGGGGGCAGCGAGAUGGAGAUGGAGAAGACCCAAACCAGUACGAUCAUGACCGCCGCCCGUUUGGGAGUCCUUUUGGCUGAGUACUCCACCGCGUCCGUGAUGGCCCAGUAGCGGUCCAAGGCGAUGACACAGAGAUGUAGGAUGGAAGCAGUGCAACAGGUGAUGUCCGACGACAGCCAUAAGUCGCAGACCACCUGGCCCAGCGUCCAGCGACCGGUGACCGUAUACAUGGUGCUGAUGGGCAUCACCAGGAUGGACACGAGCAGGGACAAAAGCCAGGAUGGAUGUUCAGACAUGGUAUUUGAGAACUUCAAAGCUGGCUCUGGCCUUGGCAAUUAUCCACUCAAAACCAGCAGAUAAAAGCAGCAGAGAAUACACGGAGAACCUUGCGAGAGUGGUGUCUGAGCAGGAAUCUAAGUGGAGAUCAAAAGUUGAAGCUUUGGAAGCUGAAGUUUUGCAAUUACGUCAAAAACUUCUUCUGAGCAGAAUUUGUUCAGAAGCUUUUAAGAAUGGAAACCCAACUUCCCAGUUUCAAACUCAGGAACCUAGAAGUUCUGAAAAUACAUCAAGUCUGCUUGAAGAUUCUGGAUGUGAUUUAUCAAGUGAACAGAGAACUGAACCUUCAGAGAUACCCCAGCAAUAUGUGGAAAGCUGUACCCUCACACCCUUUCCAUCACUGCCUAUUAUAAAAAAACAUUGUGCCAUGCCUGAAAAUCCUCUGUCUUCUCACAUGCAAUUUUUGCAACAUCUACUUGAGCUGAAGAGCUUGGCACAAUCAGGUAGUCUGAAAACAGACUUAAGCCAGUUUGAAAAUGACUCUUCCACAGUAUGUGAUUCUGUUUUUCAGUUGCUGGAUGGCUUGAUCACUUUUUACAAGAAUCCCAAACUUCCUUUUUCAAGCUUUUGGACAGAAGCUGUUUGUACUUUGGCUAGACUGAUGAAUGAUUAUAACUUAUCUAAUCAUAUUCUUAAAAAGUGUUCCAAGAAGUUGGAAGAAUUUGAGAAAAUCCUGCUACAGGUUAUUUUAAGAAACAACCAUAUUAAUCGAUUUCAGGUGCAGCAUUAUAUCUCUCAGAGUCUGGUAACACUGGGAAGUUGUGGCUUCUUAAGAAAGUCUAUUAUAUCUCUGCUUCUCUCAGAAGUAAACAGUUUUGCUGAUGAUCUUGGAACCAUCAGUCAGGUGCGAGCCAGUUAUGAUGUGACACGCUACGAAAAUACUUUCUAUCUGCUCUGGGUACUGGAGCAGCUUCUUCAAAAGGAAUCUGAAGAAAGCAACACUUCAAGUAUAGGGCGUGAUGACCAAGAAAUCAAGAAAUUUCUUCAGAAACAUGAUCAAAUUAUUUUCCAACUUUCUGAUGCAUUCCCUUUGUUUACUUUUUAUUUAUGGAGACUGGGCAUUCUCUUGAACUCAGCAGAAAUACAAACUGUUGAAAACAAUUCACUUCCUUAGCAAUAUACCAAAUAUUAGAAACAUACUAAAGUUGAAUAUAUGAAGAUCUUGUGCUUAAAAUAUUUUCAAGAAUAUUUUUAACUAAGCAUUUUAAAAUGGAUGUCUAAAUAAAAUCAGUAAUUUGAUUUAAUAGUUAAAUUGUGGAUAAUAGAUUAUGAGUCCUAUUUCAAUACUAAAAUAAGCCAGUUUCAGUUGAGAAUGCCCCUGUUAUUCCAUGUACCUAUUUUUUACAAUAUGUCACUCAGUAAUCUGUUAUUCUCAAAAAUAGGCCAUUAAUUGUCUCUCAUAAAAGAUUUACAUUUUAAAAGAUUUCCACAUAAUAGAUACUAGAUGAUAAAGUUUUACUACUUUAUUAACAUACAGUGUUUAAAAUAACUGAUUCUAAAUGCAAUUUUUAAAACUUUUUUCUUAUGUAGUUUCACUUAUAUCAUUGCCGAUCAACUUAGUGGGGAGUCAUGAAAAAGAAGAGUUUUUAACAUUUGGAAACCUAAAGGACUUUAAUUUCAUAUAUUCAACAUAUUUGUUAAAUCCUUUUUAAAGUAUUGGUUAGUUGUUUAAAAUGUUUAUUUUUCUAUAAAUGUUUGUUUUGAUUCUGUUGAUUAUUUAUGUUACAAUAUUCCUAUUGUUAAAAUGCAGUUAAGGUAUAUAGAAUUAAGUCAUUAAGAAUACAUCUACAAAUUCUGACAUCUAUGCAGAAAUACAUUUUGUACUUAUUAAAAGUUAUACGAAGGCAUUUCAUUAUUAGCUUACUUUGGAUUCUUCAAUCCCUGCAGACCAGGUUCUCCAGGUACCAUCACCUCAGAGCAUACUGACCAUUUCAGGGUUGUAGCAUCUUGCUAGGCAAGACUUUGAGGCAAGUUACAGAUAAUCUUCAAAGGUUCCACACAAUGCAAGGUCUUAACAAUAGGGUGGUGUGUGGGAAUACUGUAUUUUAUACAUGAUUGUUC